CUCCUCCGCCCCGCCCCACCAUGGCCCAGGGUCCGGGCCUCGCGCUGCUUUCGCCGUCGCUGCUGCCGCCGCCGCUCCUACUACUAGCGGCGGUGAUCGAUCAAGCGGCCGCGCAGGACAAGUGCACGUGCCCCACCAGCAAGAUGACCGUGUGCGACCGGAGCGGCCCGGGGGGCCGCUGCCUGUGCCGCGUGCUCGGUUCGGGCCUGGAGGUCGACUGCUCCACGCUCACAUCCAAGUGCCUGCUGCUCAAGGCGCGCGUGAGCGCCCGGAAGAGCGUCCGCGCCCUGGUACGGCCGAGCGAGCACGCGCUCCUGGACAACGACGGCCUGUACGACCCGUACUGCGACCAGCAGGGCCGCUUCAUGGCGCGCUAGUGCAACCAGACGUCCGUGUGGUGGUGCG